UCUCAAGCCAACAAGUUCGGACAGGACAUGGGUGCCUCAGUGGCAGAAGCUAGCUCAGCUAACCUAGCUUGCUCAAAUGCAAUAAUGGCGACUGCAGCAGACAAUCAGAAUGCCAUCAUGGAGGAAUUACAAUCAAUGAGACAAGAAUUAUUGAAGAAAAUGGACGAAAAAGCCAUAGAAAUCCAAACGGAGCUACGUAACGCCACUGAUAAACUUAGUAAAAGGCUGGACAAACUUGAGAGCCACACAUCUGAGCUGGAAAACGGAGUGACCGCUAACGCCGAUGCUAUUGCGGUUAUGGAGUCCGACUUGUCUGGGAUGAAAAAAGAGCUUACCUUGCUCAGAGCUCGGUGCGAGGAUCUGGAAGCUCGAUCACGCCGCUGCAACGUUCGCAUCACCGGAGUAAAAGAGGGGCGAGAGCAAGGGAAACAUCCAUCUGUUUAUGUAGCCAAUAUGCUGAAAGAAGCCCUUGGACUGGACAAGUUGCCGACUCUGGAUAGAGUGCACCGGACCCUCCGUACAAAGCCAGUACAAGUUGAUUUGCCACCAAGGGCGUUUGUGGUUAAAUGCCACUACUUCACGGAAAAAGAAUUACUUCUCAAAAGGGCAGCAGAGACUGGGUUGAUAACAUCCGCUGAUGGCGAUACUAUCCGAGUCCUGCCGGACUUCACCCAAGCUGUGAGUAAACAACGCGCUGCUUUUACUGAAGUAAGGAAACUGCUCCGCAGCUGCGACGGAGUCCGCUACGG